AUGUCAAACGUUAAGCAUAAUUUCAAAAUUCUAAACAUAACCGGAGAUAAUUACACAACAUGGAACAACAACUUAACUGACCUUGCAUGUGAGGGGCACGAUAAAAUUCUAGGAGAUAAUGCAGGGAUGCAAACAUCUGACUCACAGAAAUUAGCAAUAAAAAAAUCGAAAGUAAAUCGGAUAAUUAAACACCACCUUGAUGAUGGAUUACAAACAGAAUAUUCAAAUGCCAAGGAUCCCAAAAUACUAUGGGACAAACUUAAGGCAAGAUUUGGACAUCAGAGGAAAAUCACAUUACCCUCAUUAAUGGAUCAGUGGAACAAAUUAAGGUUCCAAGAUUAUAAAAAUGUUGUUGCAUAUAACUCUGCCAUGCACCAAAUUAUUGCACAAUUAGAAUUUUACGGUGUGGUUAUAACUGAAGAACAAAAAAUGGAAAAAAACUUUUUCAACUUUCCGUGCAUCCCAAGUAUUGUUGCAACAACAAUAUAG